AUGCUUUCUUGUACUUCUUCCAGCCAAAAAGACUCUGAUUGUCUGGGCAAGUUGAACAAACACCAUGCAGUGUGUGCCCUGGUGCUGGCUGUGCUCCUGGCUCUGGUCGUGGCUCUGUCGGUGGCUCUGGCUGUACAAUCGGCAGGGAGCCGUGCAGCGGGGGCAGCUCUGCCUGGGGCCCCGGUGCCAUCCUGUGCCUCUGACUGGGUCGGGUACCGGAACAUGUGCUACUACGUCUCGGCGCGGGAGGGCAACUGGACCUGGAGCCAAGCACAGUGCUCAGGGCACGGGGCGUCGCUGGCCAUGCUGCAGGAGGAGUGGGAAAUGGAGUUUCUGCAGCUCAUCAAAGGUGAUUUGGAUUGCUGGGUAGGUGUGAGGAGACAGGGUGAGCACCUGGAGAGAGUGGAUGGCAGCAACUUCACCUUCAGCUCUCUGGUCCAUGGCAAAGCAGACUGUGUCUAUUUGAUUGACAACUCUGUUGCAAGCUCAGGCUGCUCCUUGCACCGGCCCUACAUCUGCAGCAAGCCCCAAGCUGUGUGA